UAAGACGGGAUGUCACUGCAUUUUUAUAGUUGGGUAUUCACAAUCGCUUAAUCUAUUAAAUUGUGGAUAAUAUUACAUUUUAAUUGCAAGGAAAGAGCUUACAUCACGUGUAUACUUCUUCUAUAUACAACAUGGCUCACAUAAUUCAAUGAAAAUUGCUUUCGAACAAGUUUAGUUAGCUUGGACAGUGGAAGAUCCCUCUGGUGUAGAUCCAAUUUGGUUUACAUACAGGAUGUGUAUUUGUUAGUGAUCAAAUCUCGAUUGAAGAUAAAAAUAAGCCCUGAGUGAUAUGCUUGACUUGUAUUUACUGCUAUUCAUGAUGGAAACAUAGUAAGUUUGUCCUGCAGUGAUCAUUAUUGCUACAGAGAUCAUCAACAUGACUUCGUUGUUCGAUCCUUAUGACAAAUCUAGUUGGUAUUUUGGCCAAAUGUCAAGGCAAGAUGCCACUGACUUGCUCAUGGGAGAGAAGGAAGGAGGGGUAUUUCUAGUACGAGAUAGCAACUCUAUACAUGGAGACUACGUUCUGUGUGUCAGAGAAGAUAGUAAGGUAAGCCAUUACAUUAUCAACAAGAUACAACAGAGCGACCACACGAAGUACCGCAUCGGAGACCAAAUGUUUCCAGACCUGCCAAAUCUGUUAGCCUUCUACAAACUGCACUAUCUGGACACCACACCACUCAUCAGGCCAGCACCUCGUAAAAUUGAGAAAGUUGUGGCCAAGUAUGACUUUGACGGCAGUGAUCAAGACGAUCUUCCUUUCCGGAAAGGAGAUAUUCUCACAGUUAUAUCAAAAGAUGAAGAUCAAUGGUGGACAGCAAGAAAUGUUCUUGGGCAGGUCGGCUCAAUCCCUGUGCCAUACGUUCAGAAGUACGAUGGAGGCCAGCACACACAGAACUGUAGGGAACAUCCUGCGACUGUAUCUACAGCCCCAGACCUGGCGUCUCGUAGAGUCCCCACCAACAACAUUCAACAGCGCAAACUACCAGCUUAUGCCCGUGUGAAGCAGCCUCGGGUACCCAAUGCUUACGAUAAAACUGCUCUGAAGCUAGAAAUAGGAGACGUGAUCAAGGUGACAAAAAUGAACAUUAACGGUCAGUGGGAGGGGGAAUUGAAUGGAAAGGUGGGGAAUUUCCCAUUCACUCAUGUAGAGUUUGUGGACAAUGAAAGCUGUGAUGUCACAGAGGACAGCUAAGUGAUCUGCUUUGUCUGAGUCAGCCAAGCGCCUUAUGUUGUAGUGACUACGGUACACGCUAUGUAAUCCUGCCUAAGUUGGAGUGACUUCCCUCAAACUAUACUGUCGACUCUGAGGCAGUGAUGGAUUGGCUUCAUAGUUGGUUCAAGCAACAUGUAUGUGCUGGAUGUAUGUGUUGUAUCAAACAGGUGGAUUCGGUUGUAUCGUUUAAUUUCCAGGGCUUUGAUAUAGAAAUUAUCCCAUUAAAGAUAUAUUAAUGGGAAAAACUGUUUGAGUGAUAAUGUUUUAAGUAGGGGUGACUAUUUUGCUAUUGACGUUUUAAGUAACUAAAGGAAAUUUUUAAAGAUAUAUUUUAAGUGUUAGAAUGGGGCUGGCUAAAAGAUGCCAACAGUAAUCAACAAAAUUUGUUGUUCCAUUUAAUUUAGUUAGAUUUUAGAAUUUUAAGACCAAUUUAUUAAAAUGUAAUUUUGAUCAAAAUUACGAUUGAAGCCCUGGUAUAAAUCAAAUUAUAUGAGGUUUUCUGUGUUUAAAAAAUAAGCUAUAAAUCGCCUCUACAAAUCACAACCUGGUCUUAUCAUAUUACAUAAAACUUCAUGAUUCAAUUCCUAUCUACAAAGCAUUGUUUGUACCUGCUUAGACUACCUCUAGUGUUUCAAUAUUAGUGAUUAUAACAUGAUACAUCAAUACAAACUAUGCAAAACUUUGGCCAUAAACAAACAGGGAUUUGAAUGUAAUCCUUUAUUACCUUCGUCAUUUAUUAUUAUAUUGCAUAUGAAACAAUGCCUUAUCGGGGAUCGAGCUGGUGUAGUGGUUAGAGCGCGGGACUUCAGUCCCUGAGGUCCAGGGUUCGAUCCCCGCCAAGUCACCAAUGGAUUUUAUUUUAAAGAUAAUGCCGCAACCCCUAGGUCUAGCCUGAAGUAAUGUGAAAACAAUCCCAGGCUCGUGCCUAGCGUUCUAGGACAAAAAAAUUUAAAAAAUAAUGCCUUAUACUAAAGGUUAACAUAACUUUGGAGCCAAUCUAGACACUCUCUGGUGAUGUAUUUAGUUAUAUCCACUUUCUGUAUACUGAUAUGAACGGAUAAGGUACUUGUGUGCCUAUGCUCAAGAGAAGGUUUAGGGUACUUUUCCAAAACUCUUUAAACUGGUAUUUUUAUGGGUUUCAGCACAUAAGUGGUUUAACUGAAGUAUGUGUUAUAAGAUAAGCCUAAUCAACUCGGGUGAUGUUUAGGGUAUCUAUCAUUUAUAGAAUACGAUAUACAGGAACACUUUAACCACACCAAGUAGAGCUGGAAAAAGUAAAUAUUUACUGACUUAGGCUUUAUAAAAGCAUCCAAAAGCAGCUUCUUAUUUAUCAAGGCCUAUUUGAGUGUAUUAGUAGCUUAACAAGCUUGUCUUUUAUAAAAUGUAAGUUUAAAAAAUGAUAUUUUAAUUAUGAUGUAAAAUGUAGGUAAAUGUUUCGUACAAACUUAGCUCUGAGCUUACAUAAAAUGUCGGUUUAAGUUCAGACGCUGCUAAAUAUAUUUGAGUAAACGAGUAGAUUCUCUUCUUAUUUGUAAUUUGACCUGAAUAAUGUUAGUGGUAUUAUUAUUGUUAUUUACUUCUUUAUUCUUCCUACAUUAAGAGGACUACUAUUCCUAAUGUUUUUUCUCUUGUCAGGAUAACAAUACUUGUUCAGUUUAAACAGGACAAACUGUGGUGAUUUUGAAAGCCCUAAAUGUCCGACACCAUAGAUAACUUAUCUGUGCGGUGAUCUGAAGUUAGUAAAAUACCCUUACAGUAAGACACAAGAGCAAGGCAGUGUUGACUACAGUGAAAGCAUAAUGCAGGGGGUGGUCUCGAACAUGCGAUGUCUGGUAAUACAGUAGAACCCUUCAUAUCCAACUAUGACCAACGGGACCGGGCCAUGAUCAGAAUGGCCUAAAUUUUGGAUAUUGGGAGGAGGAAAAUCUCUUUUUUUCAUGUAAGAAAGUUUAUUUCACAAAAAACAAUAUUAGGUUUGCUGGCUAGUGGUCAUGGUAAUGUUUUUACCUACGCCGACUGUGAAAUUAUAGAGGGAUACUUUUAUCAUUGUUCCUCAUAUAUUCCAAGACGUACUUGUGGUAUGUAAAUUCCGUUUUUGAAAAUGUGUACGCAUGUUAUGAACCUGAUGUUAUAUUUGUGAUCGUGAUUCACCACCCUUGCCUGAGUAAUAGCUUUGGCCAUUCUCCGCCAAGGUUUAUGGGGAGGUAUGGGGAUUACACAAAAAUAGUUUAUUUUUAUCUACAGAAGACGACUGAUGCAGAAGCUGUGCUUACAAAGUUGAAAGAAGAACUUGAUUAAAUCUAUCUUGGUAAGGGAAUUAGCUGCAGGCCGUCUGAGGCCUAUCCUAGGGUUAAAGUGGGGAUACGCAAAAUCACUGUGCUACUGAUUUCAGACAUAACUCACAGAAUUGCAUUGUUGUGUACGAAAUAGGUGACAAGAGCCUGAACUGAUCUACUCCCAUUGGAGACAAAUAGUCACUUCAGGUUGUUGAACUCUUCACACAGAUGGCUAAAAAAAGACUUCGCAAUGUACAUAGAAAGGAAAUUGGACAUAAAAACAAUCUACAUUAAGUGCACCUCCAGUGUAACGGGUCUUCUCUGACCGAUGCUAUCAUAUACAACGGCUACGCGACACAAGUAGAGAGAACUGCUAAUUUCGGGGGAGAAUUUUAUAAAUUGGCGCUAAAAAUCCCUGUUCAGGUGCCAAUGAAAUGUAACGUGAUGUUUUUCUUGCUGUAUUUUGUAAUUUGAUAUUUGCACAAUUUUGUAGUGAUAGCGGGGAAAUCGUCAACAACUCUCGCAAGCAGAUUGCCCAAGUCAGUGUGCUGGGAAGUUUCCAGGGUUCGAGAAUAAUUAUAGUAUCAAUUAAUUUAAUAUACCACAGAUACAGAUUUGUAUGGACAAAAUGGAGUAUAGAUCAGGUUUGAACUCAGUACAGAUAACCAACAGCGCUACUGUACCAUCAUCAUUGCUCUCACCUGGCAAUGACUAAUUGAAUUGAAUUAAAAAAUAAUGUAACCUAAUAUGAAAUUAAGAAAAAAGUUAUCAAAUUUAAAACACCACAAAACUAAAAUAAUGUACAACUCGUCAUUUAUUGAGCAAAAGACCAGCACAACAUUUUUCAGAAGAAUAGAUCAGAAUUUGAACUAAGUCAAAUAGUUUCAAAAAUCAAUUCUGGAAUUUCGCCCUUUCAAAAAUUGUCCUGUACCGUAAUGUUAAAACUUAGAAAAAAAUUACUUUGCAUUUAUUCAUCCACAUAUUUCCUUUAGUAUCUGUGUAUUUGAAACAACAACUAAAAUUAAUUUAAAUAAGGUACUAUACUAUAACUGUUUACAGGCAAUCUAUUUUUGAUCCUAUUUUUUUAUUAUUAAAACCUCAUCUGAUGUCUUCAACCUACCGGCGCACCGAUAUGAAACAAGGAAAAAUCUUUUGUUGAAAAACAGGCACAGUUUAAAGUUUAUGAAAAAAACCAUCAUUUGCUGGUAAUUAAAAAAUAAAAUAUAUAUAUAUAUAUAUAUAUAUCCCUAGAGUAAUUAGAAAUGAAAAUGUUCCAACAAAAUUUUUAACAAAAUAAAAAUGUCUUAAUAAACAUGGACAUUUAUUCUCAAGAAAAAGCUGUCCAUAUCCCUCAAGAACACUAGACAUUAAGGAAACACAUCUAUGUAAGGAGUUGUCUAUUUAUAUUUACAUUGAUAUGUAAUCUUUGACUCGAUUCAAAUGUUGUAUUAUGUAUACUUUUCUUAGUAAAUAAAGAAAUUUAAAUUGAAAAACUUAUAUAACAACGAAUACUAUCAAGUGAAACAAAGCUCAGAUCGCAUAUUUCUGCUGCCACUGAAAGCAUUUGUGAAGAUGCGCCAUCGAAAAUGGAUGAUUUUACUGUGAUUAUAGGAGAUAAUGAAGUUGCUGUAAACGUCACCGGGAUUUCACCAUGACCAUGAAAGAUGUAGAAGAUGUUUUCAAUUUUACUGUGAACAUGGGAACACAUUCAUAAUUUUGCUGUAACCACGGGAGAUGUUCUAAAUUUUGCUGUGACCACAGACUAAAAUCAGGUUUUCCUAAUGAAAUUUCAAAAUAUAUUCAAAACAAAUUCAUAAUUCCCGGAAUUUCCGGUCUGUGGUGGACACCCUGUAAGUCGGGUAUUGUGAGGAGUCAUGCCGAGGUUGGAUAUGAGGGUUCUACUCUAAUUAUUUCACUCUUUAUAAUAUGUGAUUCUCAAAACAAGCUUUUAGUUCUUCGUCUAUUCAUACUACUGUUGUAGAAAUGUUUGUGUUUCACAAAAGAACUCAGCCUAAACGUUGGUCUUGUUGCUUGCUCAUGUUAACCUGUUGUUUAAACAUCAUAAAUCCAUAUAAUCCACUUUACCACCCUAUUUAUAAAACUUAAUUAUAGUAAGUAUAGUGUUCACAAAUGAAUAAUCCUUUUUCAAUUAACCAUACAAAUAUAUAAGCAAAAGGUUUAUUUAGUAUAACCGAUCUAUGAUGAUAAUUAAGACUGUUGUUUCGGUGUAAAGAUAGAACCCUCAAGAAAAGAGAUAACAGUAUGAAAUUCCAUUAAUCAGUAAACUAGCUUUGUAAUAAAUAAAAUUCUAUUUUUAAUAUUUUGUGAUAGGCUCGAAGCAGUAUAGAUCAAGGAGGAAGACUGUUAAAUGAUAAGAUAAUAAAGUAAAAUUAGUAAAAUACUUAUUUUUAUUGAUUUUAUUGUAUCUACAAUUAGAAGAAAUAUAAUCUUCUUUUUAUUUUGAACUAGAUCAGACUUCAACUAACAUAUUCCUUUUUGUAAAUCGUUUAGCUUCUGAACAAAAUUUCUUUGAUAUAGGUACCCAUUAGAUUAUGCUUGCCUGUAAUAUUGGCACUUGUAAAAAUUCUAAUACAUAUUUAUGGGAGGAUAUAACAAUUAAAACAGGAAUUCUUGAUAGACUAUAAAUUCUGGAAUGGAUGUUAUUAAUAAUAUUAACAGCUUUUUAUCACUUUAAAAUUAAACUAUUCAUCAAGAUGAUAAAUCCACCGCCAACGCAUCAGAUGGCAUUGAUGCAGGUAUUUUACACUAAUUAAGUAUUUAAAUGUGAUCAGGAGGCUAAAAUUCAAAAUAAUGAAUCCACCCUUCUAUUAAUAAAAUCCUGUAUUGUAAAUCAGAUUUAUUUGGACUUAGGUCAAAAACUCUUUUCCUUAGUCAAAAUAUCUUAAUGUUAUUUGAAUUUUGUGCAGUGAUUUGUACGUUGGUUUGUGAAAUGGACUCUUUAAAUUUUUACUAUAGUCCACAUAGCUUUUUUUAAUUAAAUAUUAUUUCUGAAAGUAUUUUAAUCCUACACAAUGCUGCACAAUGACAAUUGUUUAGUCAUUUUUGUUGCUUGGAUGCCAACACUAAACAAAACUUUUCAUAACACAUAUUCACUGUGUUAUACAAAAGUAUUUUACUUUUAUAAAAUCAACCUAUAUAUUAGGAAUUAUUUUAAAAUUUUCAGUUAAUAAACUCCACUUUAAAAAUAUGCACAAAUUUUAAUUUUUAUCAUCAACAAUGCUUACAACCUUUUUGUAUAUGUGUACAGUUAUUAUAAGUUAUUUGCAACUAUGACCAAUGUAAUGUCUUAAAAUCGUACUUUUACUUUUUCUUUAUUAUUGUAAAACGUGCCGAAUGAAGUACACAAUCUACUAUCUGUAGCUAAUGUUUCUCACUUCUUAACUGUAAUGGCACAAAUAUUCUGAUUUGAUGUUAUUUAGAGCCUACCUGAGCACAAUAUAUUCCGAUGUAUUUCCGCACAUGUCAUAUUUGUUGUAUGUAUAUUAAAAGUAAUUACUCGAGUGUGUUUUAACUGAUAUAUGUAGAGUGAUUUUCUACAUAUUUAUAAUUUAAGUGUCACUCGUGAAUAAUUUAAUUUGUGAAAGACAUGUCAUGUUAAUAUGGUAUGGAAAAACUAAAGAUUGGAAGUCAAAACUAAAGGGCAACAUAUAUAUCCUAAUUUUAAUUAGUGUGGGUUAUAUUUAUUUUAAGUAGGCCUAGAUGAUCUAAUUAAAUACAUUAUUGUUAUUAUAUAUUGAAUAAUAACAUUUUGAGGUUAUUUCGUUACAACAGCCUAAUUUAAGAGGCACAGAGUGAUAUAACGUAUGCGAUGAAUGGGUAUUUUCUUGUUAAUAAAAUUGUUUAAAAACUAGUAACUGACAUAGCACUGAAAUCCCCCCUUGAUCAUCAAAUUUUCCUGGAAGAUUGUUGGACGGCUUCAUUUGUACUCCAGUUAACAAUUUUUAUUUUUCAACUUCACAAAGUACCAUAUUUAUUAUAUCUGCAAUCAAAAUUACAGAAUUACUAGUUUAUAUUCCUAAUUAUUUUGUAUGUUUACUCUACAAGUAUACCCGCUUUAAUAUUGCUAUGUGACUGUUAUCGUUCUUCACAUUUGGACAAAAAAUGCACGCUUGUAAUCAUUAAAUGGGUAAAAUAAGGUUUUUCAGUUCAUACCAAACUAAAUGUGAUUAUACAUAUGGAAUACAUAGUUCCCUCUUGGUGUAAAAUUAUAAGAUGUGAAAGGUCUUAUUUAAAAGAUUACUCUGUGCCUCGGUAAUUCGUAAAUCGUAAUAUUUUCUUUUGUUUUUCAACUUGUAGCUUAUAACGUAGUAUUGAAACCCUGCUCAUUAGUAUUGUAGUAACUUACACAUUUAACCUAUCACUUAGGUUAAUGCUAUCAGACUCCAUCAUGAUUUUAUUUGUUCUUCCUAUUUUAAUUGCUACUAGUCAAUUUAUAUUUGGAACAGGCAUAUUUUGCCAAAAAUUAUAAAACUUUAUACACUAAAUAAAUGUAUGUACUAUACUAUAGCUGUAAUUUAGGACUAGACAUGGUUUGCUUUCAGUACCAUCAAUCUCCUUGUUUUAUUUAUGAAUAUUUUAAUGGUUAUGUAUUUUUAUCAUGCUAUGUAUGUAUGUUUAUAUCUUAUUUUAACAUCUGGUAAAUAAGAUUUCUGUAUCCUUACCAAGUUGUACGAUGGAUUAAAAUAUUUGUUAAUUA